AUGGAUAAUCGAGGCGUGAAGCGACCCCGUAGUAGCACUCCAGGAGGAGAUGAUAGCACUACGAAGAACAAGAAGGACAAGCUGAAAAAAAAGAAAAAGAACAAGCCAAAUCCCAAGAAACCAGAAAGCAAAGAUGAAACUACCAAUUCCUUGGAAGAAACCGCCACAGCCGACGGUCGACACAUGGCCAAGCUGCUGUCGACAUUUUCCAAAAUCGAAAUGAGUCGGUUCGAAGCCUUUAAACGGGUAUCUUUUCCCUGCGAUGCCAUUAGCGACUAUGUGGCCCAUUGUCUGGCAACACGUCAAGGAGCCCUGCCUCGGCCGCAACCCGUUGGAAAAUUUCUCAAUUUUGACAACCAACAACCUCGUUUGGAAGAUUUGGUGGUUCCGGGUCAACAAGAAGAAAUCACCACUGUGGUGGCCACUUUGGCCAAGGCAUAUGCCCAACGAUUGGUGGCGGCUGCCAAGGUCGUCAAACAACAACAACAACAAUCUGCAGAAGAGACGAGCAAAAGUGGGGAGACAACUUCUACUGCGAGUAGCAAUAGCAACAACAACAAAGAAACCGCCAUUCAACCAGAACAUGUCUUGCAAGCCUUUUAUGCCCGUCGGCAGCAAGGACAAGAUCCAGGUUUCUUCUUGCAAGCCAACGAGUGUAUCAACAUUGCCACACAACCCAUGGACAACAACAAUGCGGGCAAGGAACAAAUGAAACUGGUGGCGGCAUUGGCCGCACAGGAAGAGUGUGAUAAAACUUUUAAAGAAUACAAGGAGGCUUACGAGAAGAGAAAACUUGACGAGAGCAAGAGAAAAGCUGAUAACGAGAGCAAUAAGGAAAAGGCAAAUAACGAUACCGAAAUGAAGGAGGAAAAGAUGAAUACAGAGAUGAAAGAGUCUGACGAAGAGAAACCGGCAACGACUACAACUGAAGUAAAAGCCCCUGCCGCAGAAGAAGCCACAACAAAUAAUGCAACAACAAAACCUGAAGAUACCACAAAGACAACAACAACAAAACCUGAAGAUAGUGACAGUGGAGACGACGAUGAGAUUGAUCUAGAAAUGGACGAAGAUUGA